AUGGCUAUCCGAGACCGAUUUCGUCGUGCCCUGCGCAAGUCUGACAGCUCAGACACCGCCAUCUCGCAGACCGACAGCAACACCACCACUGCUACAACCAGCGAGACCUCUUCGUUACACAAGUCGACGACAAGCAGCAGCAGACUCACGAAAACAUUUACAUGGGGCCGCCGCGAAAAGGACGACCCUGACAAGGAGUCCAAGAGAAACAAGAAGAACAAGAAAAUUCACCCCAGCCAAAGACCGCUCACCCUUCAAAAUCUCAAGCAUCAAGAGAUGCUCAGCCAUUUCAACAUGACUUUUGGUGCCAGUGACCCGAGCCAGAUCGAAAGCGCCAGUUUCAUUGGUGUGAGCCCGUGUUGCACACGCGCUCCCAGCCUGGAGAUCGACAGGGCAGACAUCAGCCCCUCGCUUGCGGACUCGCCGAACCCCGACUCGGUCCGAGUUUGA